AUGCGAGUGGCGACUUCAUCCUUUUACACCACAGCGGAGGCCACAUCAACUGGCUACAUCGUCCCUCGCAGAAUUGUUCCUUGGGAUGCCUUCGCGGCAAAGCAGGAAGAGAUCUGGAAUGAUCUAUCGACUGGCAAUUUCUUUCACUCUCGGGCACAAUUUCCAUCGGAACAUCAAAUAGACUACGUGAAAUCUUGCAUCAAACCAAUUAGAAGCGAGUUUGGUCUACAGAGUUUCGAGCGGGCGGCUGUUGAGAGCGUCGUUGAAAUUUUGUUCAAGCGCGCAUGGGAGGAUUCGCAACUGCAAAGCAACCUCAACCUGCAAGGGGCCGUGUCAUUCGAAAGUCGAACAAAUCUCGAGGAGGAGGCCCGCUUGGAAGCGUCCAAAACACCUAAAGCACGGCGCAAGUCGAGGGGGAAGGGCAACAGGGCCGAUGAAUUUCUGGUUUUCAAGACCUCAGACGGCGCCCAGACUCCUGUGGCGGCUAUAGAGUAUAAGCUACCAUACAAGCUGAGCAUCGACCAGCUAGUAACAGGCCUUUCCUCGGAAAUCUGGCCGGAGCGCGAUAUCAUCAAUACGGAUGGCGACGAUUUCGUUUCGACAUCAAGGCGGCUCGCUGCCGCCGUUAUCACGCAACUGUUCUCUUAUAUGAUUGGCAAGGGUCUCCAAUACGGCUAUGUGUGUACAGGACAGGCCUUUGUCUUCCUCCACAUUCCCGAUGACCCUUCUGUGGUAUUCUUUUCCGUAUGCGUUCCAAGUAUGGACGUAAUGGAGAAUGACGACACAAGACUCCAUCGCACGGCUGUCGCCCAAGUCUUCGCCUUUCUUCUACAAGCCAUACGUGCAGAACCGCCACCGGAGGCCUGGCAUGAUGAAGCUGAAAAGCUUGGUCUUUGGGAUGUCGAAUACGAUGACCUUCUUGCGAAAAUUCCCCUCGCGGACCGCAAGCACAAUUAUCCCCUGACUGCUCCCCACCGGCCCCAGCGUUGGGAAGGUUUCAAACGGUCUCCUCUUCGGACCUCGUCGCUCUCGCGUUGCCGACAGCCGGAUCUUAGCACAAAACUUCCGGCAGACGAGGACUCUCUUUCGCCUUUUCCAAAUGCUUCUCGUGCCGAUAGGAAUGUAGCCGCGGCAGAGAAUCCAGGAACUGGCAAAACGAGCCGGCCAUUUUGCUCUCAACAAUGCCUCCUUGGCUUGGCACUCGGGAAAGACGUAGAUAGGAGUUGUCCUAACGCGGAAUACCACGGACAGAAGCACAUUGACCGGCUUGAGUUUCUACACCUUAUUAGAGCACAACUUGCUGUGGACCGCGGUCGCGACGCUGAUUGCAUGCCGUUACACCGGUCUGGAUCGCGUGGCUCGCUCUUCAAGCUGCGCCUAUUAUCACACGGCUAUACACUCGUCGCCAAGGGGAUGGAGGGUCUCGACCUAGCCCAUCUGCAACAUGAGAACGAAAUCUAUGGCCGCCUUCUCGAAAUCCAGAGCAUAUAUGUUCCUCAUUUCUUGUUUCUCGGCUGGGCUGGGCGGCCUCUCUCCGAAUAUAAAAACCGAUUCAGCAACCUCAACAUGACGGAUGCAAUCACAAGGAUUCUCAAGGCGAUACACAAACUGGGGGUUCUCCAUCGCGAUGCGGAGCUGCGCAACAUACUAUAUGAUGAACAUAGCGAUACUCUCAUGGUUGUCGACUUCGAGCGUUCAGUAUAUUGGGAGAUAUCAGAAGCUGACUUUGCAUCUGAGCUUGAAUGGGCUGUGCAUAUGGUCUCAAAAUACGUCUCGAACUUGAAGACCUAA